UACACCCUCACCACCAUACAGCAAGUCCCCUGCUAGAGUAGAACCAUCCCACCACGGCCACCACUCGCCCAUCACCACGGUCCUCCGCAGGCACCUAGGGCAGCUCUUUUGUGGCUAUAUCUGAGGCAGGGUUAUGGCUGAAGGGUUGGAGUGGAUGGACAGAGGAGGCGGGGUGGCUGAGAGAGAAGCUGUGUGCAUUCUGUUUCAGAGGGCAGCAACACUUCAGAUGGGCGRAGCCCCGGCAGCCAUAAAGAAAAAAAGAGACAAAAAUAUAUCCAGAAAGUUGGUCUAUAAUUGGCCAGGCCUGUCAGGGUUGUUUUUAUGUCUGUGAGCUGAACAGCUAGCUAGAGCACCACCUCGUCCACUAGCGAAACCCUACACUUUCAACUUCAGUCAGGUCCUCCCUCCUCCCUCUCCGUCUCUCUCCCUCUCUAUCCACCCAUCCAAGAGGUUGUAGCAGAUGCUCACCUCACUUUGGACUUUUUAUCAACACUUGGAUUGACAUCGCGGUGGAUUUUAGGAUUACAUUUCUUCGCACCUGUAAAGGAAGACAUUUGGGGGAUUUACCGUUGGAUAGGGGAUGGUGCGUUAAUGCUGAGCUAAGGAACAAGUGAGAACUGGAGGAUAGGAGCCACACAGAGCGAGAGAGAGACCUCCAGUGAAACUAAGUGAUCUGCAAUCCAGGUUGGAGACUUUGAUGGUGAUCACAACCUAAGCUCAAAAGACCAGAGGCUGAUAUGGAGUUGCGACUGGGAUGCAGGGCUUCCCUGGUCCUGGUCAUACUGGUCCUGACACUCUCAGGACUGAGGGUUGAUGCUCAGAGCAGGGCAGGCUGUAAGAACGUGCACUAUGACCUGGUGUUCAUCCUGGACACGUCAUCCAGUGUGGGGAAGGAGAACUUUGAGAAGAUCCGCCAGUGGGUCUCCAACCUGGUGGAGUCGUUCGACGUGGGCCCGGACAAGACGCGUGUGGCAGUGGUACGCUACAGCGACCGGCCCACCACAGAGUUCAACCUGGGACGGUACAGCACCAUGGACGAGGUGAAGAGGGCCGCCAGGAACAUCCGCUACCUGGGAGGGAACACCAUGACCGGGGACGCCAUCAGCUACACCACCACCAACAUCUUCACAGAGCGGGCCGGGGCCAGGCCUGCCGCCAGGGGCAUCCAGAAGGUGGCUAUCCUCCUGACGGACGGGAGGAGCCAGGAUUAUGUGUUGGAGCCUUCCAAGGCGGCGGCGAAGGCCGGGGUGAGGAUGUUCGCAGUGGGCAUCGGGGAGGCUCUGAAGGUGGAGCUCGAAGAGAUCGCUGCGGAACCUAAGAACGCUCACGUGUUCCAUGUGACAGACUUUAACGCCAUCGACAAGAUCAGAGGGCGGCUGAGGAGACGGCUCUGUGAAAACGUGCUGUGCCCCAAUAUGAAGGUCCAACCAGACCGCUUCAAGCCCAACAGUACCAGCUAUGGAUUGGAGGAAGUUCCAGGGUUCGACCUGAUGGAAUACUUCAAAGUGGAAAACAUACUGGGACCAAGGUUUGAUGAGGGCCAGAGCUCCUAUAUUCGACUUGGGACCAUGCCUAUUGUACAACAGACAGAAGACGUGUUCCCUCAAGGUCUGCCAGAUGAAUAUGCUUUUGUGACGACUUUCAAGUUCAGGAAGACCUCGAGACGAGAGGACUGGUACCUCUGGCAGAUCUUUGACAAGUAUGGAAUUCCACAGGUGUCUAUCCGUCUGGACGGUGAGAACAAGGCCGUGGAAUACAACGCAGUGGGGCUGACCAAAGACGCAGUGAGAGCUGUGUUCAAGAAUGAAGAGGUGGACAACCUGUUCGACAGGAACUGGCACAAGAUCGCCCUGAGCGUCGAGGCCAAGGCGGUGUCUCUGUACCUGGACUGUAAACUCAUCCAGACCCUGCCCAUCGGGGACAGGGAGGACAUUGAUAUCCACGGGAAGACUGUGAUCGGGAAGAGGCUGUACGACAGCGUGCCCAUUGAUUUUGACCUUCAGAGAAUGAUCAUCUACUGUGACUCCAAACACGCUGAGCUGGAGACCUGCUGUGAUCUGCCCACCGGGCCGUGCCCCAAGAAGGUGGUGACAGAGGCCCCUCCCAUAGAGAUUCCCACCCCCACCCCUGCAAGGGGGGAGCAGCAGAGAGGACCCCAGGCGGUCAACUGCUCAUGUCCCGCUGGAGAGAGGGGAGAGAUCGGUGUUCCUGGCGUUGCCGGGCCCACGGGUGAAAAGGGUGAUACUGGUGCUCUGGGAGCGGCUGGACCUUCUGGCCUCAAGGGAGCCAAAGGAGAAACUGGCAAAGUAAUAUCUGUCAAGGGAGACACAGGUGAGAAGGGUGAUCCCGGGAGACGGGGGACGUCCGGCGAUGAAGGAUCCAAAGGGGAGAAGGGAACCAGUGGAGCGGCAGGUUUUGCUGGGAAAGAUGGAUCUAAUGGAGAAAGAGGUGAAUCAGGGCUGGCAGGCGAUCAGGGAUUACUUGGACCUCUGGGACCAAAGGGAAUUCAAGGAGACUCAGGACUUCCUGGUUCAUCUGGACCCAAAGGUGUCGGUGGUGAAAAAGGUUUGAAAGGAGAUAAAGGAUCAGCAGGAUUAAGGGGUGACAAAGGUAUUGACGGAUUCCCUGGAAAACCUGGUGUUCCUGGAAAAGAUGGUUUGGGAGGUCUGACUGGCGCACCUGGAGCCGCUGGAGUGAAAGGGGAAAAGGGAGAGAUGGGCCCUGCUGGAAUGCCUGGGGAUAUGGUUCAAAGCGAGGGCUUGAAAGGAGUGGAUGGACCUCCAGGACCUCGUGGCCCUCCAGGGCCUGACGGCCCCCCAGGACCCCCUGGUGCACCUGGUCAACUUGGUUUACCUGGCGAACCUGGAGAGUUUGGCCAAAGGGGCAAGAAAGGUGAAAGUGGAUUACCUGGUGUUGAUGGGCUACCCGGACCUCCUGGUCCCCAGGGGCCUCCUGGAGGGCAAGGAAACCCUGGACAAACUGGACCUCCUGGUCUACCUGGUGAGAUUGGAUUUUCAGGGAAACCAGGAGAGCCUGGCAAAGCUGGURUACCUGGAAACGAUGGGCUGGARGGAGUUCCAGGAAAUGACGGAGACAAGGGGCCUAGAGGAGAGUCUGGAUUGGAUGGCUUCCCUGGUAAACCUGGUCCUAAGGGUGAAGAAGGACCACCGGGACCAAGAGGACCUGGAGGAGAGAGUGGACCAGUUGGUUUAACGGGACAAUCAGGGGUCGUUGGACCAAAGAGAGAGAAGGAGGACAGGUGAGGUGACAGGGGACAAGAUGGCUCUCUCGGGCCAAAGGGUGACAAAGGUGACAAGGGUGACACAGGACCCAAGGGAACUCCAGGAAUACCAGGAAAUGUGGCCAAUGUUAUCCCUGAGCCUGGUGAGCCUGGAAAUCCUGGAGCAAGAGGAGAAAKGGGAGAGCAGGGGAAUCCAGGAGAGAUGGGUCAACGAGGACUGCCUGGUGAACCAGGUUUUAAAGGACUGGCUGGACCACAGGGCCCUAAAGGAGACAUCGGCCCUAAAGGAGAGACUGGGAGACAAGGAGACCCUGGUCCUCCAGGAUUGCAGGGUACGCAGGGCACCCGUGGACUGCCUGGCAAUGUGGGCAUCCCUGGAACCCUUGGACCUCCUGGAAUAGCUGGACAGAGAGGAGAGAGGGGAGAGUUGGGGAAGGAGGGUCGUGCUGGCCCCCCAGGCCCUCCUGGAGAUGCAGGCAUACAAGGACUCCCUGGCCUACCAGGGAAGGGCAAAGACGGACAGAACGGUGACCCUGGACAGCGGGGAAUUGAAGGACCUCUCGGACAGAAGGGCCAACCCGGAUCCCAGGGACUUCAGGGUGUUCCAGGGGACAGGGGCCCUCCAGGAGAAGGCAAAGUCGGACCCCCGGGACCUUCAGGGCCCAAUGGUGCAGUUGGAUCACCGGGCAUGAGAGGUCUGUCAGGCGUCGCAGGUACACAGGGACCUGCAGGACACCAUGGUUUACCAGGACGACCAGGAGAGAAGGGAUCCCCAGGAGAGCCAGGAGCAGCAGCAGACUUGUCAGAUUUGAAUCUGAAGGACGUGUGUUCAGACUGCCCGGCCGGACCCCCGGGACAGCCUGGUCUCCCAGGGACACCAGGAGACAAGGGACCCGCUGGACCCCCAGGGAAGAACGGACAGGACGGGUACCAAGGCCAAGCAGGCCCGACCGGACCCACUGGACCCCCAGGAGCCAACGGAGAGAAGGGUGUGAAAGGGGAUAGAGGACCCCAAGGAGGACCUGGAGACAAAGGUGAAACGGGUCACACCGGACCCCCUGGCCACCCCGGUGCUGCUGGCAUCAUGGGGAAUCCUGGUAACGACGGUCAACCCGGCCCCAUCGGRCCCCCAGGAGCCCCUGGAGAAAAGGGCAAGGAGGGGAUGAAGGGAAUCCAGGGGCCACCAGGUCUACCAGGCUUAAUGGGUCAAAUGGGUAAAAUUGGCAAAGAUGGCCGACCAGGAGAACAAGGAGAACCUGGUAAACAAGGAGAGACAGGACCAGCAGGCCAACCAGGUCUCAGGGGAAUGCCUGGCUUCAAGGGUCACAGAGGAGAGCCUGGACAACCAGGUUCAAAGGGUGAAGAUGGAAAGGAAGGACGUAACGGACCGGAGGGUAAACCUGGCCAAGACGGUAAUACUGGACCACCUGGACCAGAAGGCCUGGCUGGCCGGAGAGGGGAGAAUGGUAAACCUGGUGAACCAGGACCUUCAGGAAAGCCAGGAGCCCCUGGUACUCCUGGUCAGGCUGGAGCCAAGGGAGACCCUGGGAACCCAGGAUUACCAGGCUUUAGUGGUCCCAAGGGACCGUCGGGUCCUGCUGGUCCUGUCGGCCCAGAGGGGAAACAGGGUAUGUCUGGCAGAGCAGGAGAACGUGGAGUCAAAGGAGAGAGGGGCGACUCAGGUGGGAAGGGAGAUAAGGGACCUGUUGGAGAUCCAGGUAUGCCUGGUAACCAGGGGCUCCCAGGUCGUAAGGGCCACACAGGGAUGAUGGGUAUGUCCGGGCCCCCAGGAGAGGUGGGUCUUACUGGGCCUCAGGGAACAUCUGGAAACCCCGGACAACCAGGACCACGGGGAGAGUCACCAUCACUGGAAACAAUGAGAAGGCUGAUCCAGGAGGAACUAGCGAAAGCGCUAGAUGCCAAAAUGGCGUACCUGAUGGCCCAGAUCCAGCCGUCCCAUGUGAAGAGCACGGCAGGUCGGCCCGGACCUCCAGGCCCCUCGGGGAAAGAAGGGAGCAACGGUCGCCCCGGACCACCAGGGGAGCCUGGCAUGCCUGGGCAGAACGGAGGAGACGGCAUGAGGGGACCCAUGGGUCCUAAAGGUGAGAGAGGAUCCAGAGGAGAAAAGGGAGAAAACGGAGUUGGACAGAGAGGAGAGACUGGACCAUCAGGUCUUAUAGGACCAGCAGGUAUGCCAGGCUAUGGUAAGGACGGGCAGCCCGGGGCGGCUGGAGCUCAGGGAGAACCAGGGAACCCUGGUCCCCAUGGCCAGGCAGGCCCCAGCGGACCCCCAGGGCAGUGUGACCCCUCCCAGUGUGCCUACUAUGCCAGCCUGGGAGCACGACCCCACACCAAGAACGUCAAGGGGAAUUAAAGAGACAGAGACACACAGAAGGUGCGUCCGAUAUGGAAACAUCUAACGGGAAUAAGAUGCCAUUUCGGACGCAGCCAGAGAGCUACAGGACCCAAGUCCAGAUAUUUAUGAACUGGGAUGUGUCAGGAUGAACCAAGAACUUUUCUUUCUAUUACGAUGUAUCUUCUCAGUGUGGAGGGAGCUCGAGAGAAGUGUGCUGCCUUUGUUUUUGUUUUUGGGGGGGGGGUUUAAAUGACCAGGGGAAGUGGGUGUGGAGGGUUGAGGGGCGUCUAAUAUUUGGUAAUGUCAUCAUCAAGAAUUACACAACUUGUUCAAUUUAGACGGACUGRCAUUGUUCUUAUCCGUCUCGAAGGACCAUGUAGAAGACCACCGACUACAGUCAUGCUUACUGGGCUAUAAUGUGGCAGCACGGAACCAGGCCUGGGUUCAAAUAGUAUUUGUUUUCGCUUGAUUGAGCUUGCCUCACACAAUGGAACCCAUGGAAUAGUCCCCAAAAGUGCAAGCCCUGCCUAUCAGCACUUUAGGCAGGCUCAAUCAAACGCUCACAACUAUUUCAAAGAAAAUGAAAACUAUCGGUACCCAGGUCUGGUAAGAGAUGGAGCCACAGUUACAGAACGGCCAUUUAACUGACACCAAAUGAUGCCAUAAUAGUGUUGUCAGUCUCCCAAUGUACACAGUCGUCAGCCCGGAAUGGGUUUAGCAUUAGAUUUAACGUCAGCCCAUUUGUCAGUGUCCACAUCAUUYAUCCAGAGGUAGGCAUCUCCUCUGGAGUCAACUGGUAAUUAUCCAAUCAACGGUUUUAUCUACUUUAUUUUUAUUGAAAAAUACCAUUUGUGACAGCUUUAAUUGCCUGUUUGUACGAUGUUCAUUGUUCUACCAAAGGGAAUCAAACUUCAUGAAUGCARGUAAGGCUGUCAAGUAGACAAAACCCAUAAGACUCUUUCAAAAUGAAAUGGAAAACUUUAAAAGGAAAACUACAUUUCCCCUUUCGUUUCUACCUAAGUCUCUGGUGAUUCCACAGAGUCUGGCUGUAAACAGUCUGGAGAGAGAAGGUACUAAAACCACAGCCUUUGUUCCAGUCGUUCCUCAAAAGUGACUUGUUUCCUGGGUUCACUCCACGUUCUCUUCCUCCUGCUCAUUAGUCUGUCGGGGACACAGUGACUCAAAUAAAGACAUUGUUUUAACUAAAUGGUUAAGUGCUAUACAAAAUGAGUUCCUUCUUCCCUGUGUUGUAUAUUUUGAUUGGUAAGGUCAGUGAGUAUUCUGUCUGAAGGAWGUGUUCCUCACUCAACCCACGCCCCCGGCYGACCAAUUAUACCUUCUCUAAAACUCACAAGACUGAUCGAGCGAGAGAGAGUCAGUAAAAAAAUACAAUAGAUAGCCCACUGCUCACUCUAGGGGAAUUGUUUUGGCUUGAAAAAGGCGAAGAAAUGUAACGCAUCAACGUUGAUGUUACGAAAUGUUAAUCGGGUCACCAAUAAAGUCAAAUAGAUAUAUUGUC